CGCCGGAUCCCCGGCGCCCACCACGGCACAGUCCCGCCUGGCACCUCCUCUACGCCCCGCCCGCUCCGGCCGGCGUGAAUCCGGCCCGCGGAAGCCGGGCGCGAUGGAUGCCUCGGCCCCGAUCACGCGGCAGGUUAGCGGCCUAAUCGCCGCUGCCCCGGUCCCAAGCGGCCGCGAGCGCGGGCAACCACUGGCGGCCGCCGUGGCCGAGCUUCUCGUGCUGGACGCGUCUGGGAGGCGGGUGCCGUUCGGCGCGCUGUUUCGGGAGCGCCGAGCCAUCGUGAUCUUCGUGCGGCAUUUCCUGUGUUACACCUGCAAGGAAUACGUAGAAGAUCUAGCCAAAAUCCCCAAGAGUCUCUUACAAGAGGCAAAUGUCACCCUUAUAGUGAUUGGACAGUCAUCCUACCAUCAUAUUGAGCCUUUCUGCAAACUGACUGGGUAUUGUCAUGAAAUCUAUGUUGAUCCUGAGAGAGAAAUUUAUAAAAGAUUGGGAAUGAAAAGAGGUGAAGAAAUUACCUCCUCAGGACAGAGUCCCCAUAUAAAGUCAAAUAUACUCUCAGGGAGCAUUCGGAGCCUGUGGCGGGCAGUGACUGGCCCUCUUUUUGAUUUUCAAGGAGAUCCAAUUCAGCAGGGUGGAACCCUCAUUUUAGGUCCAGGUCCCUACAUCCAUUUUAUACAUCGUGAUAGGAAUAGAUUGGAUCACAAACCCAUCAACUCUGUUUUGCAGCUUGUAGGAGUUCAGCAUGUGGACUUCACAAACAGACCUUCGGUUAUCCAUGUGUGACAAUACAGACUGACUUUCAGAUGGACGCUUGAGAUAUGGCCUUGUGUAGUAUCUAAAUUGUUGGUUCCUCGCAGCCUUUGAGGAGUUACGAAGACAUAGAGACAUGUACCAGUUGAUUUAUCUUUUGAGAGGCACUGAUUGUCAAAAAUGUGAUGUAUAUUUAUAAUUUCAUAGAUUUUAAAGUUUUAAACAAAUAAAAUUUUAUUUUUACAAAAUAAAACUUUAAAAGCUAUAAAAUUAUAAAUACCAUUCUUUACCUUCUAUUACGCUAUAUCUAGUCAGUAAAAAGGUGGGGUUUUUUUUUUUGCCAUGAAAGUCAUAGAUCCUUAUAAAGAACAUAUAAGGGGAAGGUUAGCAACUCAACACCAUUUUAUUCAGUGGAAAAAAGGAUAUUAAAUUCUGAAUUAUUAUUAUCAUAUUAACCAAUAUAAUCACAUUUUUAUAUGUAUUUGUUUAUAUUUUUGUUGCUUAGAAAAAAAGACAAAAAAUAACUACACCAGAAUACUGCCUGUAGGUAUCUGUAAGAUUUAUUUUCUUUUUCACACUUUUCUGUGUUUCCCAACUUACUACAUCGUGAGUAUGAUUCAUUUUGGGGCCAGGAAAAGGUCUUUAAAAAUUUAUGAAUAUAUUCCUACACAACAAGUUCCACAAAGGUUUAGUUAUAUAGGUGUAGUCCACAUAUUUCUAUCCUAAUAGUUUAACUCGGAGGAAAUAAGGCAAACCACACCUUCCAUAGAGCCUAUCCAAAGCCCCUUGUCACAACACACACUAUCCAUUUCACUAGGACUUUUCUUUUUGGUAAAAGGAGAAAAAUUUAUUUUAGAUGUUUAAGAUACAUAUUUUAAAUAUGGUGGGCAUGCUUUUUGAAAAUGAAUUUUAAGAAUUGUUGAAACUAAAAAUAUGUUAGAACUUAAAUGUGCACUAUGGUUUGGUUGUACAUUCCGGACAGCUUCCGUUUCUCACCCCCAAUUGCUUUUAUUUAGUGGAGUAUUGUCAUCUUUUAUUUUUCUAGAAUCUUAAUAUCAUAUCCCAAAAAUUCUGAUGAAAAGUACACCAAAAUCAAAAUACAGAGUGGGGCAAAAGUAGUGGUUUACAAUUGUUUGUAUGAAAAAUAAUACAGUUAAUAAUUAAAUAAAAUAAGUAAAGGAAGUAAAGUAAAAUAAUAAAUAAUAUAAGAACAAACUCUGUUUCUCAUAAGAAUAAACUCUGUUUCUCAUACUCACAACUGUAAACCUACUUUUGCCCCACACUGUGUUGGUAAUUUUUAGCAAGUAAAAUGAAUUUACAGUUCUUUUAUAUCAAGCAUAUGAAGUCACACAAAAAGUAAAUAAUGUAUCUAAAUAUUUGAAUGUAUUUUCAUAUACAUGCACAAUCAUGUUUUUAAUCAGUAAAAAUGAAAUUUCUCAUAAAAUUGAAAUUAAGCAAUUUUGUGCUGUUUUACAGUAAGGAAAGACUAGUGGUAACCCCAGUUCCCUUCACUGAUUUUAGACUUAAAACUGCUGAAUCAUAGCUUACACAAAAUUUUAUAUUUAUAAAUGAAAACCAUAUUUUUCUAAAAUACAUAAACGUUCCUUAUGCGACUUUAGGAAGGUACAGUUACAUAAAGACAGUGCAGUGGUAAAUUGCCUACCCAAACAGACAUUUAAUAUAAAAACUACUUAUAAUAGUUGUUACGCAAUAUAUAAAUAUGCUGCACAUCCAAAUGUACUGGACUCAAAAUUUCUUAAAACCUUCCUGCAAUAAGUACAUAAAAGUACUAGAUAAAAGAAUAGCAAUCUAACGCUUUAAUGCUGCUAAUUAUUUGCCAGGUACUGUUUCAAAUGCUUUAGCUCUGUAGAAUUGAUAUCAUCAUCAUCAUCCCCAUUUUAGAGAAGAGACAUCUUUUUUAAAGAUGAAUUUACAAGAAAGUGAAGAAAUCCCACCAGGCUGAUGAGCAUACACCGAAGCCACCGGCUGCCCUGAGGGUUGUGGCCAUCCCAGGAAUUAGAGAAGGCUGUCCCUUGGCCAACUCCAAGGACUUGCACGGUGGAGUUAAAACAAAAGCCACUGCAUAGAGGACGACCUGAGACCUAUGUGUAACGGCUACAGUCACAUCCAUCCAUAGACCAAGUUGCCCAGUGAGGACAUGCUGUUAGCCCUCUGCAAUGAACCAUGGGGGCAACAAUUAUAAUAAAAUGAAAGUGUAUGUUUAAUUUUAAAAAUCAAAUACUUUUGUUUCUCAAGAAGAUUGAUGAUAGCACUGGCUGGUGUGGCUCAGGGGAUUGAGCACCAGCCUGAGAACCCAAAGGUCACCAGUUCAGUAUCUGGUCACACAGUACAUGCCUAAGUUGGAGGCCGGGUCCCUAGUUGGGGGACUGUGACAGGCAACCAUCAUGUUUCUCUCCUCUCUUCCUCUCUUCCUCUCUCUCUAAAAGGAAAUAAAUAAAAU